UGGAAGGUUGCGGUUGAAAGUUUCCAGGGCUUUAACAAAUAGUUAUAGUACCAAAAAACAUAUGUUUACUUCUCUACAACAACCAACAGUUUACUGCAAUAACCUUAGCACAGUUGCAACAACCUGCAAAUGUUUUCUUUCCGAACUUUAACAAAGCUACCGUAUGUUCGUGCUGACAAUGUUAAUUUAAGUCCUGGACCGCCCAAUAGCCACUGGAAAAUAGCACGCCAAAGAUUUCAUGGCAUCACAGCAGUGAACUGAAAACUCAGAGAUGAAUUUCGGAAUUCCAGCAAAUUCACUUUGUUUGUUCCGUGCUGGCGACGAGGCGGACUACGAGCACGCAAAGAGGAUACUCGAGCCUGCUGGGAAUGAGUCGGGCAGACAGUCCAGAACACGUUUGGAUUCUGUCUCGGAGUGCAGUGUGGACAUCGUCCGGGGUGGAUUGCCACUUGUACCCGUGGAUUGUACCGACGAAGAAGGAAACACGGCCCUACACUUUGCCGCCGCUAGUGGACACGAGCAUUUAGUCAGAUUUCUGCUCCGAAAAGGGGCGUCUGUGGACAGCCGGAAUAACUACGGUUGGACGCCUCUCAUGCAGGCAGCAAGGUUUGGCCAUUUGAGUGUGACACACAUUCUGCUGGAGAACGGGGCAGAGGUCAAUGGCAGGAAUCGAAUGGGGGCCAGCGUGCUGUCUACGGCAGCCCGUGGAGGACACACACAUGUGGCCAAGCUCCUCCUGGAAAACGGUGCUUUCGUGGAUGACUUUGACCACCUUUCUCCAUCUAAUAACGGAGACCACAGCGAGCACGGUGAUAAUGGGAAGAAUUUUUUGGAUAUCACGCCUUGCUGGGUUGGUGCUCAACAUGGUCACGAGGCCAUGGUAAGGCUGCUUCUAGACUGGGGCGCUGAUGUGAACUGUUCUCAGAAGACAACGGGCUGGAAUGCUCUGAUGUUAGCCACGCUGGCGGCAAGGCCAGUUGUAGCGGAACAGCUGGUGGAGCGGGGAGCUGAUCCUGACCAUCUCAAUGUUCUGUCCAAAACAGCUUUUGAAGUUGCACUAGAACUUAAGCAGAAAGAGGUGAAAAGCUACCUAGACUCCAUAACCACAGUUCGGCCACAACCUGAUGAUGAGAAGAAGAGACCUGAUGUUUUCAGUGCAUUAAAAUUAGGAAACACCCAGCUGGUGAAGGAGAUCCUGGAUGAGGACCCAUCCCAGGUGAACAUGGCGAACCCAGAUGGCGCCUCCCCUCUGAUGAUGGCAGCUGUAAGUGGACAGUUGGAGGUGGUACAGCUGCUGGUGGAACAGGGUGCAGACAUGGACAGGCAGGAUGGGCUCCACGGCUGGACAGCCCUUAUGCAGGCCACUUAUCAUGGGAAAAAGGAAGUGGUAAAAUAUCUACUGAAUCAAGGAGCUGAUGUAAUCUAAGAGCCAAAGAAUGGGUACACAGCCUUUGACCUCGUUAUGCUAUUAAAUGACCCAGACACUGAGCUGGUGAGGCUGUUGGCCUCUGUGUGUAUGAUGGUAGACAAAGACAAAUGUAAACACAGAGGAAAGAACUCGAUCAAGAAACGUCUGUCUGCCAAUGUGCCUGUACCCCCAGAUGAUAAAGGGGGCCUGAAGUCAUGGUGGAACCGGAUGUCCAAUCGCUUUCGCAGGCUGAAGCUCACUCACACGCUAAGGCAUGGGCUAUCGGCUAGCCGCUUGGCUCCCUUCCCUGACGGCCCUGAGGUUCUGCUGGAUGCCACUAUGAAGGCAGAGGGCAGCAAAGAGGAUUGCAGCUCUCGACCCCGGGAUGCAGCAACACCUCCUACUGCAUGGACUGCUAAGAACAAAGACUCUGGUCUUGGCAGAGCCAGCAGUGAGAAAGAUGACUUUCUCAUCACCACAAUGUUGAGAAGCGGAGCUCCAUUGACUCGUCUGCCCAACGACCAGCUGAAGGCUGUGAUCCCUCCUUUCCUGCCUCCAUCCAUCUUUGAGGCAUGGAACUCGCACCGCUCGCAGGAGCUGAAGGAGGGAGUUAGGCUGAGCGAGCAGCCUCGUCUUCCCAUGCCCCCCAGAUCCAGCAAAGGCAACUUCAACAGCAGCGGAAACUCUGAUAUUACCUCCAUAAGUCGAGUAGUGAGCAGAUCCAUGAAGUUCCCCAGUAUCAGUAAAAUGCCCUCAUCCUCGCCUUCCAACUCAGGCAACUAUAACUCUCCUCACUCAUCAGGAGGGUCCAACGGAAUGGGAGGGGUCAACCGGCAUACAUCAGACUCGCAUAACCGCUCAGGGGGCAGUGUAUCUGACAGUGUCCUCUCUCAGAUGGCUGCCCAGAGGAAGAGGGCUGCCGGCCUGUUAGAUGCUAGAGCUCCACCCCCAGAGACAGGCAGCCCCACCCCCACAGCCCUGCCCACCAUACCUGAUAUUAGCCUGCCCAGCAUCCCUAGUCACCCCAGUCUGGUGGCAAGUGACUUCCAUUCCAGACGGAAAGUGGACCUGAAGAAAAGGCCACAGUGUGGGAAUUCCUCCACCUCUAAGAGCACAUCCCCCACCCUGACGCCAUCGGCCUCCCCGACUCCCAAACCCCCCACUGGGGACACACUGUCGUCAGCUUCCUCUCAGCCUCGGUCCAAGAGCAGUGGCGGAUCCAGCAGUGGCACAAUCACUGAUGAGGAUGAGCUGUCAGGGAUAUUGAGGAAACUUUCACUUGAGAAAUAUCAACCCAUAUUUGAAGAACAGGAGGUAGACAUGGAGGCCUUUUUGACACUGACUGAUGGAGAUCUGAAGGAAUUGGGUAUUAAAACUGAUGGCCCCAGACAGCAGAUCCUGGCAGCCAUCUCUGAGCUUAAUGCUGGCAAGGGAAGGGAGAGGCAGAUACUACAGGAAACAAUCCACAAUUUCCAGUCGUCCUUUGGAAGCAGUGCCAGCAAUCACCGACCUGCAGGGUGCUCACGCUCUCCAACAGGCUGGGCCAGACAUCAGCUUCACACCCCUAACAAGAGGUAACACCUUGCCGUGACAGACUUGACCAGAUCAGAGAUGAGUGAAUGGAGUUUCCUGACAGUAUUGAUUCCAAAACCUUGAGUUCAAAUGAUGUUCUAAUUUUUCUUAUUUGUGCUGAUGUGCCAAAAUGGAUCUUAUUUAAUGAUAUCAAGUCAAAGUACUGUCCACUGGGCAGCUGACUGCUUCCAUUGUUAUACAUAGAGAAACCACAAGAGGGAGAUAAAUCAUCACAAAGAACCUUAUGUGGCAAGCAAGGGAAGUGAACCAAAAGAAAAACAUAAAUGGGUUUUGACUGGGCCUACAGUAACCAGUGUUUUUUUUCUGGAUUAUUGGGCUGUGGAGAGAUGUGGACAAAGGUAAAUGAUGGAAAAUGAAACAGGUUUUCAUAAAGGCUUUGAGGUAAAAGCAUGAAGGAAAAUAAUGUUCUAUAUUUAAAAAAAUCUCAUGAUAAUGUCCUAGGUAUUACUAGGGUUCGAUGUGAUCAUUCAUACAUGCAUACCAUAUACCGAGAGGUACAAAUAAGAUUUAUUUUGUUUGCCCAGUAUCUCAAAUAUUUUAGUGCUUGUUUAAAAGCUAUAUUAGCCUAAUUCAUGGUACUGGUGCAUUGCCUUGGUAAGCGUUUGAAUAAAAGCUCAUACUUACUAAGUUUACAGAAGAUGAUCACAUUAUUAGAGUGGAAUUAUAGUGUAGAUUCUUUAUAGUUUAGAUUCAUACAGUAACAUGCAUGCAGAAGGAUAAGACUUCUGAAUUCUGAUUGGGUAUUCGUAGCUCAGUGGCUAAUGUAUUCACAUUGUAAUCAGGUUGUUAGUUCAAGCCCCACCAUUGCCACUGUUGGGCCCCUGUGCAAGGCCCUUAACCUUCAAUUGCUCAAGUUGCAUUCAGUUAUAAUUGUAAGGUAAUGAUUUAUUGACCAAAAAUUUAAUUUGUAAUUGAUUUAAUAUCAUGGUUCUACCAAAUGAUUGUAAUUAACUGCUGUGUAAUGUAUUUAUGAUAUAUACAGGAAGUUUCUGAUUGUUGUUUUUUUAUUAUUGGGUUUUAUUCUGAAAGAGUCUAUAGUCUUAUAAAGGUGACAGUAACUUUACUGCAAAGAAAACACAUUUUGCAAUAAUAUAAAGUGGGGAAAUUAAAAAGAAAAUAUUAAAAAUAUAAGAAACAAAUCUCCCUCUCUUUUUUGCCUUUUACUUAUAAUUCUCCUGCAUAUUCAUGCAUAUAUUCCAUGUCCUAGUGCAA